AUGUUCGAUGAUGCGCAGCAAGACCUGGACGAAGACUUGGGUCAAGACCUGGGUGAAGACCUUGCGGUUGCAUCGAAGGGAUGGACCGAUCCUGUCCCUGGCGCCAGAUUGUGUUCGGACACGGCACUCGUGUCCAUUCUCGACGUGCAGGAUCGUUCAGCAGCCGUCCCAAACUUGUGGCUCAGUCGUACUUCUCCGAGCUGUCAACGCGCCGAACCGGCCUCAUCUGACGAGAAGCUCUCCGGCGUGCCUCAACCGCAAACUUGCGGUAUCCGUAGGCGUCUCGAGAAGCCAGUAUCGUGA